CCAAGGAGGGAUGUUCAAAUCUGGCAACCCCGGCCAACUCUCCUAAGCGCGAGUUCUGACCGAUUGUUAUAGGUCUUAGCUAGCUAGCUCGGUUAACAAGCUUGUUAACGGAGUUACCGGGGGUGUUUGCCCCUUGCUGUUUGUCUCGGCCGGAUGACCGCCGUUGGCUAGUCAGCUAGGAAACACAGGUGUAAAAUGGAAUUUCAAGAACCAAUGUCUCUGGGCUCGCCCACGUCUCCAAAGCCCGGAACGGGAGCCCAGUUUCUUCCGGGGUUCUUGAUGGGGGACCUGCCCGCUCCGGUAACCCCUCAGCCGCGGACAUUUGGUGUCUCCGGUGGUGGCAUCAUGGACAUGAGAUCGCCUUUACAUUUCGGUGGCUCACCUCCCCAGCCUGUGGUCCCCACACCCAAAGACAAGAGUGGCGCCCCGCCGGUGCGGAGCAUCUACGACGACCUGGCGAGCCCAGGUGUCGGCAUGUCUCCACUGUCUGCGCACAAGCAGCCCUUCACCUUUCUUCAGACCCCCAUGUCUGGCUUUAUGGCUGCUACUCCAGGAACAGGCCCCAGUGUGGCCCAGCAGCUGAAGUCUCCGGCCCAGGUGGACCCGUUCUUCACCCAAGGAGACGCCCUCUCCUCAGACGACACCCUGGACGACACCUGGGUCACGGUGUUCGGCUUCCCGCCUGCCUCAGCCUCCUACAUCCUCCUGCAGUUUGCUCAGUACGGGAACAUCCUCAAACACGUGAUGUCCAACACGGGGAACUGGAUGCACAUCCAGUACCAGUCCAAGCUGCAGGCCAGGAAAGCCCUGAGCAAAGACGGCCGGAUCUACGGAGAGGCCAUCAUGAUCGGCGUCAAAGCCUGCAUCGACAAGAGCGUGAUGGAGAGUUCGGACCGAGGCUCCGGUUCCAGCUCCGUGUUCUCGCCCGCGUUGAGAGGCGGAGCCACCCCCGGCCACACCCUCCCGUCCACGCCCGUCUCCACCCCCCGUUCCACCAUGAGACCCCUCAGUGCUGCCUACAAGGCCUCCAGCAGCGACUACCAGGUGGUAGCCGACCGACAGACUCCCCGCAAGGACGACAGCUUCGUCUCCAAAGCCAUGGAGUACAUGUUUGGCUGGUGAUGCCCGCUCACGCCGUUAAAAAAAACAAAAAACAACUGUUGCCUCUACGGCCUCCAACGACGACCCUCCCGUCAGCCGUGAUCCCAUUGGUCGGAGGAGGGCCGAAGGCGGGGCUUGGGAGGAUUCCAGGGGUCGACGCCGCUUCUGUCCGAAGAAGUGAGCAAGAAGCCAUCUUUCACUGUGCCAGACGCGCUGUCUGACCAGGCACCCCCCCCUCCCCCCCACCUCCUCUCUCUCCUCUCGUUUUCUAUCAUGGUGCUACGGGACAAACACACAGCCAAUGAUCUUUCCAAAGUGCCACUGUUGCUCAGCCAGAGAAACGGGACUUCUCAAUGAGUGGUCUGUCUGCUGAAGUGUUCGUCUGUGCGUCGUUGAUGCGUUUGUCUGAGUGUCGGUUAUGUAUUUGUGUGUUUGCCUGCGUGUGACUGAGGCUCUCCAGACGCCCAGCUGUGUAACAGACUGGAGCCUCCCUCUGGUCUUACCCACAAGCCACUACGCAAAUCCUGACGCGUCUCCCGGUACAAGGCCCGGGUCUCCAGAGAAUCCGGAAGACUUUCCAGAAUCAUACUCUUUAAUUUAAGGAUGACGCAUAUUGCCUUCGGAUGCCAACUAAAUAGUUGUACAAUUUAAUGAUCACUCAUCUAUUAGUGUAUCAAAACUCCUCGUUUUUUUUUAAAUCUCUUGUUUUCACAGUCAGGGAGCUUUGUUGAAUAAAAUGGUAUUU